AUGACAAAAGGAGGAUAUGGUAUUAUAUAUAAAGCAACUUGGUUAAGUAAUAAUGAAACAGUCAUUUUAAAAAGAUUUGAAAAUUCUAAAAAUAAUAUUAAAUGUUUCUUAAAUGAGUUAAAAUCAAGUCAGCAUUGUUAUAAUAGAAAUUUUCAUAAUCAUAUAAUUAAAAUUUAUGGCUUUACAAAAGAUCCUGAAUUAGGGGAUUAUGUAUUAGUUAUGAAAUAUGCAACAGAAGGAGAUUUACAUAAAUAUUUACAAAAGGAAUUUACAAAUAUUACAUGGAAUUAUCAAAAACUACGUAUAUUUUGGCAAAUUUCAGAGGGACUUGAACAUAUUCAUAAAAAUAAAUUCAUACAUCGAGAUUUUCAUAGCGGAAAUAUGUUAUUUGAUUUAAAUACCAGUGCAGGUAAAAAUUAUCAAUGGAAAAUUGGGGAUCUAGGAUUAUCACAAGAAAUAAAUAAUGAAUCAUCAAAUAAUGAGAUAUAUGGAAUUAUACCUUACAUUGCACCGGAAAUAUUUAAGGGGUCUUCAUUUUCUAAAAAAGCUGAUGUCUAUAGUUUGGGUAUGGUUAUGUGGGAACUUACAACAGGUUGUAAACCUUUUGAUAAUGUUAAACAUGAUCAUAAUCUUAUUUAUAACAUUCUUGAUGGUGAACGACCCAAAAUUACAGAAGAUACUCCAGAAUGUUAUGCUAAUUUAAUGAAAAGUUGUUGGGAUCCUGAUCCAACAAAAAGACCUUCUAUAAAAGAUAUUCGUUUAACUUUUGGUAGAUGGGCUUUUAAAGGUAAAAAUAAAGCAGAAUUUAUUCAAGCUGAAACAAAAAGAAUAGAACUUAUACAAUCAAAGAAGCUUGGACCAGAAUUUGCUGAAAAACGACAUUCAGAAGCCAUUUAUAUAAGUAGGCCAUUAAGUGCUUUAAUUUCUAACUGUUCAUCCACAAAUUCAUCAUCAAUUUCAUUUGGUAAUAAAAAAGAUUCUAAUUAUAUUUAUAUUUCGGAAGAACAAGAUCUUGAUAUAGACAUUGAAAGUUCAUCAUCACAAAAUUUAAGUUUAAAAAUUCCAAAUACUUCAACCUUUUUUAAAAAGCGAAACAUUGAAGAAUUAAAUCUUGAAACCGAUGACAAGAGUGUAGGAAAACGUAAUAAAACUAGUUAA